AACAUUUACACUGCUGGGUCUAAAUGUCGGAAAGGUUCAGCGUUUUUCUUUGUCCUGUGUCGAGAGACUGCGUCUUAUGUCGUUGUUCGCUCACGAAAGAAAACGUAAAAUGAAGGUCUCUCUGCUGCUUUUUCUUUUCAGCCUUACGGCUGCUACUUUUGGGUUCAAAAUCACGGAGGAGCACUUGAAGGAAAAACGAUUUUUUUUUGAGGUAAGAAAUAAUACUAUAUCCUCAAGGCAAAUAUUUUGCUUAAGUAAAGGUUUUUUAAAUUGAAUCUAUUUCCUGUGGUGAAUUAAGAAAUCGCAAAAUAACUGGAAUGUGUGCGAACUCAAGUGUUGAUCCAUUCAAGAAUGGGUUCAACGCCAAAGAAUGAUGCGAAUCAAAAGUUAAUUUUGUGGAGGUGUGUUGAUGAGCUAGCGUGAAACCGAUACCGGAAAAAUAUGAGUAGGUAAUUUUAUAACUACAUGUUGAAGGAGAGUUACCUCGUAUAUACUGAGUAUACUGAAUAGGAUUUAAGGAAAUAUGAUGUUCCUGCAUGGUCCUUCAAGAUAUGAUAAUUUUUCAGCCUCACUCCUCUUCGGCAGAUUUUAUUCAGUCGACCAGAACGAUUUUCCCUAUUCAUCUACCUUUGCUUCAACGAACAAGUAAAACGUACUCACUAAAAACUGAACUCAAUUAUUGAAUAAUAAAUCUUGACAGGCCGGUGCUCAGCGAUGGAAAACUGCGUCUUGUUCGAAUCAGGCGGUCACACCAACUUUCCCGCGCAAUAUGUAUAAAAGACCGAAAAAGAGUUUCUUAUCGCAGAAUUCUAACAACCUAAUUACUGUUUAGUCUUCACUAAUUUUUAUUUCUGGGUAAAAUCAACUAUUAAACUCCAUUAUUAUUCAUUCAAAAUAUUGAACACCCACCUCGAUCUGCAUAAUUCUUCAUAUCCUACUCAGCCUCAUUUAUUAAUUGCUAAAUAACCUGUGGUGAAUUCUUCCCUAUUCAAUUUUCCUUAUAGGGCUAGACAGUAUCUAGAGAUAAAUUUGCUUGACGAUAUAAAUGGAUCUUGCUUGAUACGAGAAUUUUAAUUCAUUUACUCUCCACAAAUCUCGGUUGUAUUAGCUUAGCUGUUAGCGCCCCAGGCGUUUCUUUUAAUAAACCCGACUAACAGGAGUCAGGGGCACCCAACGAGAAUAUAGUUCAAAACCACUUAAACAUAGCAUCGUUAAACGUAUUUUAGCAUUUAAAAGGUAGGUAUAGGCAUAUUUUAUCCCCUAAAAAUUUUUCAUCUGUUCGGAUUUUAAUUCCUAGCUGAAGGUCUAGUGAUCCGAAAGUUAUAGGGAUCAAAACUUACCUUUUCGAAAAUUUGAGCCAGAAAAAAGGCUCCCGAAAAUUUUUAGGUGACCUUUUUAGUGUAAAAAUCCGUUAGAAAGGGCGAUUAUACUGUUUUUUCGAUGUUCGAUCUUAAAUCUUAGCAGGGGCAGGCAAGCAAGAAAUUAAACAACAAAUGUUCCGAAAAAUCUAGAUCUCAAGUCUUCUUUCGAACAGAUAUUUUCCGAAAAUUGACGUUGGGUGCCCCUGAGGAAUAUAAACCCUACUCGAUAUGCUGUUGAUUCAGGCUGGCGCCUGAUUCCUAACGCGUUCAAAACUUGAAACACACACACACACACGCAUUGUUACGCUUUUGAUCAGAACCAUGCAGUGCAACAUUAUCUUUCCGUUAUAGUUUUAAAAAUAAAUCACGACAUUCUUGCCACAAAAUCAACAAAACAGGCUGUUGAUUGUCUGUUUGUGAUGUGGCAAACUGUAAAAAGAAACGUAACAAGAUUUACGCGCUUAUUUUAAUGCCUUUGUCCAGCUAUGCACGUAGAAUACUGGGUUGGACUCUAAUCAGAAACCAAAUAGUAAUUUAAAUUUUAAGGUAGACUCUUAAAAUACAUUUUUUUUUCAAAACCGUUCGAAAUGUUCUGCAGUACUGCUCAGUUAUAGAGCGCAGUAUGCAACGUAUAGUGAGAGCAUCUUGUUGCAAUUGCCAGUCAACUGGCUUUCCCUUCUAUUCACUUCACACACAAAGCUCAGCGGGGUAGGAAAAAACUCUUGGAAUUAAUAAUUACUAAUUUGACUUUCGACGAUAAGCUAAUGAAAGAUUCUUCGAUCAAUAAACUGCGUUAAUAAGGCAAAACUUGAACUUUGAACUUUAUUUUUAUUUAAACACGGUAAAUCUAUCAGAUAAAAUAAUAAUAAUAAAAAUUACAAUCUACUUUAAUCUAUAUAAACAUGAUCCAAAAAUUUAAAUAGUAAAAAUAGAGAAAAUAAAGAAAUUCUGCUUUACAUAGAUGCCGUGUGCGUUUUAUUGAUUCAGUCGAAGAAAUCGCGACAACCAUUGCGAAAAGAUUUGAGUGAUUUUGCUUGCCGCAAUUCAGGGGACAAGCUGUUCCAGAUAACCGCAUCGUUAUAGCUAAAGCUAUUUUUCAAGAAAUUGGUGCGGGGCAAUGGAACAGCUAGUUUGUUUUCAGAGUUCCUUAAAUUAUAAGGUGGAUUAUAUUUAGUGAAAAGAGAACCAAGAUAGUCGGGCGCAAGACCAUGUAUAGAUUUAUAGACCAUGGUGGCCACUUGUAUUUGUCGCUGAGUAUCCAACCGUUUCCAGUUGAGUUGCUCAAGAAGAAGAUCAGCGCUUGUGUCAUAACUGGAGAAGGUUAGAAUACGGGCAGCCCGGUUUUGCAACUUUUGGAGCUUAUUCGAAAGACUUUUGUUACAAUGUCCCCAGACCUCGCUGCAGUAAUUAAAGUACGGUUGAACUAAGGCAUUGAAAACGGACUCCAGCGUGGUUCGAUUAACAAAAGGCCUACAACGUUUAAUUGCUCCAAUGCCCGAUGCGAUUUUCUUGGCUAUUUUUUCAAUGUGCAUAUUCCAUGAAAGGUUUUCGUCUAUAAGCACACCCAGAGAUUUAACCGAGCUAACUUGUUUAAUUAUGUCAUCACCUAUGAUUAUGCACCAGUCAAUUGAAACCCCCACCCCCCAGGUCCCGGGGAAGGGUGGGGAAAAUAGGGGCAUCGAAUCACUUUUGAACAACAAGCUGUCCCCUGGGGGUGGUGCAUUUGACUGUUUUCGACCGCGGUUCCCGUCCCCACCUCGGGCAAGAGUGGAACUGGGCACUAGUACUUCACAUGGAACUUCCAAGAUGGCGGAAGGCGAAAGAAAGGUACGUAACAGUGGUUUGAAUCCACGCAUAUCAUGCUUUUACUUUACCAUCCACUGCAAUUGAUAUUCAAUCUGAAUCAAGUAAUUUGUUUUCUAUUGUUUGGAUGUAUUAUUUACAUUUAAUUUCCAUUGAAAUUCAAAUGGUAUGCAUGGGUAAUGAUGCGGAAAGGUCAGGUCAUGAGCUGUUCUCUUCUUUGAUUUCCUACAGGUUUUAUUUCAAUACGAAGAAAGCCGUAAGGUUCUUGACCUUCAUCAAAAUGAAGAUGUUGCUGUAAAAGUUAAAGAGUGUUUUAGCCUGGACAGUGAAGCACGGAUAAUUUUCCAAAAGUAUGAAGAAGACUGGGGGGAGUGGGUCGAUGUUACCGUUCAAAACAUUGAACACAAGGAUAAAAUCCAAGUGCAUGUUUUGCAGUCGAAGCCACCUCCAAAUGUUUCACAACCUACAUCCGUCGAUCAGGUAUGUCUGCACUGAUUUAUGUUUAUAAUACUUUAGUUUUUGAAAAAGUUUUUGGAACUGAUCUGUUUGCAAACCCUAAUUGUUUUUGCUUUUUUUUUUUGCACAGCCCAAAGAUUCCCUGCACACAACAAGAAAUGAGAAGGGAAGUGUUAAAGGUAAACAAACUUGUCAUUUGUUUGAUUAUUAUUCUUGCCAAAUAAUAGUAGGAUAAAACAAAAAUCUGAAAAAAUGUGGUCUAUAUUUCACAUGUGAUAGCAAAUUGUGCAUCACAUUUACUUUAAGGUGCAGAUACCUUAUAAAUGAAGUACUAUAAUUGACUAAGAAUAUAUAUUACAAUGACCAAAUAUUUUAAUACUUGUCUACUAAAGAAGCUGUUCUUCUGACAGUAUGUCUUGAAUAUUUACUUUAAUUUUAAAUAAGAAAAAUGAAGUUGAAUCUUUUGAUACUCCAAUUAUAGUGUUCAUAUUGUGAAUUUUGUGAAUAAAUUUCAAGGCUUCUGCCUUAGAAAAAUUUAAAGGAGCCCACAAGGCCAAAAACUGAGAAGUUAUGAGCCCAGCCUGAGAAAAGUUAAAUGUUAGGAAAAACAUUUACUGGGCACCAAAAACAGUACCUUGGGUGUCCCAGACUACCGGAAACCUGCUAGGCAACAGCCUUGCAUCCUAAAUACAAUAUAUAAUAAUUAUUUUUCACCCUCAGGGAACUGUUCUGGUAGUGGUUCAAAACAGACAACCUUAUUGAUGAAAGAUGGAGCAGUUUCAAUUGGGCCUGCUUUAGAGGUAGGAACUAUGCAAUUAAAAUUUGGUUUUCCAACAAAAAUAUUCAUAUCUCCUCCGUGGGUGGUAAUGGAAAUUUCAAGAAGCAGGGUGGGGCCCAGAGGACCACUAGAAGUACAAAGAAUGUAUACACUCAUCUGGUACCAUUUGCAGAAACAAAACAUUUCCUGAACUGGAAAUUGAGUUUUUAGCCAGAAAUUAAAAUAUUAAAAUGUAUAACAUAUUAGAAUUUUAGAAUUUUGUUCUAAUUUGUUAAAGUGGUACUAUGAUCAAAAAUAUACAUUUUCUGUUCUUUUCAUAUUUUGAAAAUAUAAGUACUUGUUUCUUACCUUGCAAAGUUUCAAGUCAAAACUCGUACGGGAAGUGCCAUUAUUUUAACUUUACAUUUCGAAUUCGGCUUGCCGCCAUUACUCAAUUAAAAAUGACCGGGACCGAACCCUGAGAGUUGGAUCGAGUUUUCCUAAAGAUUUUGUGACGUCAAAGACUCAACACGUCACUCAACACGUGCCGUUUGGCUUUGUUGUCUGUGUCCCGGAGGGAAUAAUAAUCAUGACGUGUUGAGUCAUUUACGUCACAAAUCAAGUCAAGUGUACCAGAUCGCAAACCAGUAGAACGUGGGCUCGGAUUUAUGAACGGAGUAAUGGCGGACGGAUUUUACGUGAUUUUCGUGGGUUUUCAGUCAGCUAUUUCUGGGCUGUGUAAGAAUAUAUCAAUCUAAUUUAUAGCAAUUCGCAUUUGUCUAAACCUAUUAAAUACAUUUGCACUAAAAAAAAAAGCGAAAAAGAAAUACAAAAAUUUUCAUCGUAGUGGCACUUUAAAUUAGUAUUCAUACAUGACACUUCAAUUAUCUGGACCUUAUUUUCAGUUCUAGUCUGGGUCGUAGAUUUUUGACUGCAUUUAGUAGUUGUUGCUACAUUGACAUGUGUGCUGUAACAACCUAUUCUCCCAGCUUUUUGUGAGAACCUAUUAGUUGACUAUUUUUAUUUUCAAAUUGCUAGAAUAUUGUUGGUUUGUGCUUUUAAAAUUAAAUUUUAUUAAUGAAAUUCAGUUUAACCCUUUCACUCCUGAGUUUUUUCCCCUUUUUCCAAACUCGUAAAUAAAACCUAAAUGGCAAUGUAUGAUAUACCAUUUGAAAGGUCUUGACCAGUGCAGUCCUUAUUUCAUAUCAAAAUUGGAGAAGUAAAUCAUGGCUUUGACAUAAACGGGCUGAAAAUGUCAAAGUCAAAAAGUUCAGAAAUGCCUCAAUUUUCAGACAUACUAGGUAUACCCCAAACUAUAGCUUAUUUUGCAGCUCUCAGUUAAUAGAGUAACAUGAGUUAUGUCUCACACUGCAAAUGUGUAAAACAAAAAAUUGUCAAAAAGUCCAGGGGUGGUCAACCAUGUCAUAGAUACUAGAGGGUACAAUUUUAUUCUGAAAUGAACUGAUCUUUCCAAGACCAUUUUUGUGGCAAAAUUUCAUUGAAAUAGACCAAAUAUUAACAAUUUUAUGAACUUUUUACGUCAGCUGACGUAAACAGGUGUUAAAGGGUUAAGUUGCUCUUUAAAAUGCAGUGACAUCCAGUCACCCAUGAAACUGAAAUCUGAAAGAAAUAAUUAUAAACAAAAUCUUUCUAGUGUGAAUAAGACCACAGACAAUAUAUUUAUGUUACUUGGCUUCCAUUAUUGUUCUCUAGAAUGAGCCUUCUUUAGCAGACUCUAACAAAGUGACCGUCGAGUUGAAUGUUGAAGAUAUCAGGAAGAGAAGUGUGCUGUAUGCCAAAAGCUCAAGAACAUACCAUCAACGAAUGAAUGCGAAUGCCUUUGAAUUGUGCAUUGAAAAUCCCACUCUGUUAGAUGACAAACAGAACCUUAUAGAACUUUGUCGUAAAAAACUUGAUAAUGACGGCUACAAUUACAGCAAGAAAAGAUCAAGAUCAAAAUUGUUUGGAACAGGAUCAAUGGAGCAUGGUAGCAGUAGCAAGAAAGUGAAAAUGUCUGAGCACUUACGUACUAAGAAGGUUGAAGAACUCACAGAUGAUAUAGCUAGCCUCGCGGAUAGAAUACGACUUUUGCAACAACAGAGAGCAAGAGAUGAGCAACUUAAACAGUACAUGCGAGCCUCUGCGGUAGAAGAGGAGAUCACCAAGCUGCGAAAAGAAAAAAGAAAGCAUGAAGAAGAGGUGUUGCUUAUCCAGAAAAAACAGGCAAAAGCCAAAUGGUACAAAGAUAAGCAGUCAACCAGUUCCUCGUCUUCUGACGGGUCAUCGUCUUCGAGUAGUUCAACUAAGACAUUGACAUCUUUCUGGGGAAAGUCAGUUACACCAGCAGAACCAUUGAGUAAGGAAGCAGGUACAACCAGAGGAAAUUCAACUAAAGCUACCUGUACUAAUCAGGAGGAAACACAGUCGUCAAGGGUUUCUGAUGAAGUCGCCAAGCAUUCUGGAGAUAAACCUGGAGAGAAUGAUACACCAGAAAAUGAGUCACAAGGAGACAACAAUAAUGGCACAAGGAGUGCUGAUAGUGGGAGCAAGGCUCAUUUUUGUAGAUAAAGACGCUCCUAGGAGUGACAUUUAUACACGAUAUGUGUCACAUCUUUCUUCUUGUUUAUCGGAUGUGUCUAAAUACAAAGUUGACGAUGGUUUAUAUGUUGCGUUAAUUAAUGAUAUGACACUUGAAGAAGUUGCUGUUGCAAGGAGAGAAUUUUGCUCUAGGAAACAUUGUUCAGAAUUACAAGUUUGUUCACAGUGCGAGGGACUGAUUUCGUUUGCCCACGAUGUCAUAAAUAAUGGAAUUGUUGAACUGAAGGCAUUUUUAUCAAACACUUUCCAAAGGUCAAGUAUAUAAGUUCAAAGGCGGUAAGGCUGCUAAUGCAGCUGCCACUUAUUGUCAUGGAAAUUGCACCUGAAGGCCCAGGAUCAAAAAAGACUGUAUGCUACAGAAUUCCAACCUGGAGUUGAUGCACAAAGAUUUGUGGUCAUAAUGAGACAGUUCUUGCAUUCGAAGAAAGCAAAUGUCAGAGAAAAGCUUCCAUCUAGACAAAAAAAUAAACGCCUUAUGUGAACUAGCAACCACUGAAACAGAUCGUCUGCUACUAAAAAUGACUGCUUGUUCUGAGCUUAGCGCUAAAGAAGCUCGGAAGCGAUAUGGAGUUCAAAAUCUCGGCGAAAAAAAAAAAGGAAAAUCGAAGAGACCCUUAGAAGGGCAAGUGAAAUCAAACAAACAGUGGCAGAGCUUGCACGAGUCAAGGAAAAGGCACUUUUGCGCACCAUUGGCUUUGACUACGAAUCCAGUGAUUCAGAGGAUGAAAGUACUGACCUUGGCGAAGUUCAAGAUGUUCAAUGGAUUUCGUCAGAAGAUGCAACAGAAGAUGAAGAAGAGUUUCCAUUAAGUGAUCAGCUGCAUUCCAAUAAAGGACAACAUGAUACAGACAGCUCAGACCAUGGGAGUUCUUUUGUUAAGGUUGCACAAGAAAAUGCAGUAUCAAAGGAAAAAGGAACAUCAGACAGGGGUAUGUUUGAUCCAGAUGACACGGACAUACUGAAAAAUCCAACUGUAAAUCCAGCACCUUCAAGAGAAACACUGUUGUUAAUACUAAGAGAAAACAAUCUUAACUGGUUUACAUUUGUGGCUGAGCUAAAAAACAUGUUACCAACAGAUAACCCUGAAGUUUUAAAUCAAAUACUUGUUGACUUUGCUGAUUUCAUCCCCUAUAGUGAUCUUUCAACAGCAGAAGAGCAAUUGAUCGAAAUUAGUAGACAGGCAUAUUUAGAGAUUCAGCGGAAACAAUCUCUAGGCAACGCCAUAUUUGAGACUGACAGUGAAUCUGAUGAUGGAGACUGGUGUGAAAUCAAUGAUAUUUGUUCUGAUGAAGCAAAAGAAAAAGUGCAACAAGAAAGAAAAAAAAUCAAGAUGGCUGCUAAAAGGGAAACUUCAAAGCUUAUAGCUAAAGAAGCCCUUCUUAAACGCAAGAUUCCAAAGAAAGUGUCUACCAUUGUGACAAAGUACCCUGAUAUAGGAAAAAAAAUGGAAGACUUUGUUCAGAAACACCGGGUUGGUGCAGACCAGUGGCGAAGAACUGGAGUUUUUACUUUCGCGAGUAAUAAGAAUUCUACAGGGCCUAAAGUAACUUACAAAAGGAUGCAAGAGCAUCUACAAAAGGAGUAUGGCAUAUCGAUAUCGUAUGGUACCGUUGUUCAGUUGUGUGCCGUGAGGAACAAGAGAAGGAUUUCGGCUCAGCGUUACCAGGGUGUUGCAGCAAUAACUUGCAGAAGAGCACGUAAAGGUUUUGAUGUCAAAUUCAAUCCCGAUAGCCGUUGGUCAUACUGCUUUUACAAGGGCCUUGAUAUGCUUCAGCUAAAAGACGGUUCAGAUAAAAUGAUUCUCAAUAGAGACGACCAAGCAGGAUUCCGUCUGGAUAGUACUUACACACAUAAGAACCAUAAAGCUGUCUGCUUGGAAGGAAAGCCAGAACUCACGUCACAUUCUGACUAUGUAAGCAAACACGGAGGUCAACUUCAAACAUCAUCUUACUUAUUCAUGAAGACGGAAACCACUGGUCAAGUGUCUGUUGGGAUUGUCAAAGCACCUGGCGUUCUACACGAGAAAACAGCAACACAGCAUCUUGCUGACUUGUACUGUUUGAAAGAAAAAGCAGAAAUGGAUGUGUGUUUUGAAGGAAAGAACAUUGAUUGUAUUAGAGUUGAUGGGGAGCCGAUGAGGGCCCAAGUCAUGUUGAGGUACAGUUUCGAUGGACCGAAUGGCAUCUAAAAGAAGGAAGGGAAUUGACACUGGUCACAACAAGGAACAGUGGUGCGAGCUGUUACAAUCUUGUAGAGCUGCAGAAUGGUGUUGUUGGCCGAGCGCAUGCUAAUCUCUUUAUACCGUCGACAUUGUGUGGAUCUGCCGAAACUGAAACGGGAGGAGUAUCUCAGGAUAGAUUACACGAAAACAUGGAAGCAGCACUGCAGGUGUAUUUGGAUAGAGUCAAUGACAUACCAUUUGGUUCAUCUGUAAUAAAAAUGUACAGAGGUGCCACAGAUAAGCAUGCAACAGAGCUGAAAGAUCAGAGACAGAAUUUACUUGUGUAUUUGAGGGGAACCAAAGCAGCUAAGGCCGAACUCAAGAAGAAGGAGCCAAAUCAAUAUCAUUACUUUGAACAGGUUUGGAACUUACGGAACCAGCACAUGGUACCAAACCUUCCAAGUGGGUAUGUGUUUGCUCUCAAAGCCUGUUACAAGGAGGGUUGCAUCCAUCCAGUUUGCAAGAACGGAAAACCAGCCAAUGAUUCAUUAUGGUUCCCAGGAGGGCCAAGUAUUCAGUACCUGCCAUUUCCAGUACCAGACCCUAAACGACCUUGGGGAGCCAAGGAAUGUGACAAGUGCAGUGGUAUUUGUAGUGGACACUACAAGGGACCAGAAGAGGUGCUAGCAGUGGAUAACUGCAAUUUGAGCAAAGCCUCCAUUUCUCCUCCAAGUACUGUGAUAAAAGAUGCCUUUGACAAAAAACAAAAGGAAUGUCUGGAACUGACGUCCGAUGAGAUAGAGAAACUAGCAAAGCAAACCUUACUCCGUACCGAUGAAGUUGAGAUGUGGGUAAGACACCUAA